GAGUUUUUGAUAAAACAUCCUGAAAAUAACGGGCACUGACAGACCGCCGCAACAGAGGAGACUGAGUCACUUUCAUUUAAUCGUGCUAUCCGAAAAACAAAGAUCCGGAAGACUUAACAAUGGCCGAGGGCGACAACAAAAGUGCAAAUGUGUUGGCUCAAGAGACGAGUCAGCUAGAAGAGCAACUGCAAGGAUGGGGAGAGGUCAUCCUGGCUGGAGAUCGCUUCCUGCGUUGGGAGAAGGCCUGGUACCCUGGAGUAUUAGUGGGCGCCACCACAGUCCUCUUCCUGCUGAUCUACUACUUGGAGCCAUCUGUGCUUACUGGUCUGUCCUGCACUGUAAUGAGUCUGUGCUUGGCUGAUUACCUGGUGCCCACUCUUGCCCCCCGUGUCUUUGGUUCCAACAAAUGGACCACAGAACAGCAGCAGCGUUUCCAUGAGAUCUGUGGCAACCUUGUGAAGACCCAGUGGCGUGUUCUUGGCUGGUGGAAACGUCUAUUUGCUUUGAAGGAAGAAAAGCCAAAAAUGUAUUUCCUUUCUGUGAUCAGCAGUCUUCUGGCAGUAGCCUGGAUUGGGCAACAGGUUCAUAACCUCUUUCUUACCUACCUGAUUGUGACCUUCCUUCUGCUUCUGCCUGGCCUCAACCAGCAUGGCAUCAUCACCAAAUACGCUGGCAUGGCAAAGAGAGAGAUCAACAAACUUAUGAAACAUAAGGAAAAGAAGAAUGAGUAAGAGAAAAGUCAAAGCUGAAGAAAGGGUUAUCUUCCCUUCCUUGUUGUCAAAUCUCCAUAGACCACAAAACUUGGUUCUUGCAGAAACCAAUUGCUAAAACAGUGAAAAUAAACAACCAAUAGCCUGCUUAGUUUAGGCAGAUAACACUUGAGGUUCACAUGUUAUUUUGUUUGCUAUAUAAUAUCUUAAAAAUAUGAUUGGCUUUUUUUUCUUUGCCAUCAGACUCGUAUUUUUUUCACAUCCACGAAUUUGUAUGUCAUAGUAAGUGUGGUAAGUGCAAAAUAUAAAGAUCACUAUUGCUUGUAUUCCGUUUUUAAGCCAAUAAGGCAACUACUGAAUUAUGUUAUAGAUACACAGAACACAAUCAGAGGUCUUCAAAUGUUGCCUUUUUGUGAUUCAAUGGCUUGGAAACAUUCAUUUCUGCACUGUUCUGAAAUUGCACUGGAAACAGAAGUAACUGGAGUGAGAUGCUUGUUUGCGUAAAGGAAUUUCUACCCAUACUGCUGUACUAGUGCUGUGUGGACCUUAUUAUUGUCCUCAAGCUCUGGCCACUUCUUAAUCCAACACCUGCUUGGCUGUAAAUAUAUGUUCAGUUUCUCUCCUGGUCAUGUGUGUUUCUUUGUUUCUACUGGCUUGUUUUAAGUUUGUCUUCUGUGUUUGUUCUUUUAAUUGUCAUUUUUGUGUUUUGAUUGUGUUCAGCACAAUAAUAAACUAAGAUUAGAAACUA